GUCGCCCGUCGCCCUGCGACGCGACCCUCAGGCGGGACCGCGGGAGAGCGGUCUUCUUCCUCAGCGCAACCGCUCGGUCAGCCACUCAGCCCCACUCUCGCAUCCUCCCUCCCCACGACCUCCACUUCCUUGGCGUUGGAUGAUGUCGCUAUAUGGUGCCGCGUCCGAGUCCGUUCCUGUCUCUUUCACCCCAAAUCCGCACGCAGUCCGCCACGGCAACAGCGCGCUUCCUGUCCUGCAUCGGGAGCCGGAGGACCUCGCCUACUCCCUCCCUCCAUCGGCGCCCGGAACAGCGCUGCCGCCACGCCGGUGCUGCCCAACGUGUACAGCGCGCUGCUCUGCUUUGACCGCCUCUCCGAGCUCUCCUCUGCCAUUGACGAGUUCUCAAGUGGGUAUCAACAAGACUGCGCGCGUGCCGGAGAACGAGGACGACUGAAAUCACAUAGAGGAAACUCGAAUACAAUAGUGGCUCUUGCUGGGAACAAGGCUGAUGUGUUAGAUACGAGGCAGGUGUCAGCAGAUAAGUUUGAACUUGAUUUGUGUUGCUGAGUGGUGCUUGCUGGACAUUGCUGGAUUUUUAGAUCCUAUAAGAACAAUGGCAUUAGGUAGACGUACUCAAAAUAGGACGGUGGCAGGCCUGUCUCCCUUUCCUCCUUUCGUGCUAUUUGACGAUAUUCAAGAUGUCAAUAACUUACCACAAGUCAAAAGUGUCUUUGCGAGAGUAGUUGUUAAGUUCCCUAGGCGUCGUAAUAGUCAACACUACAUCCUACAGGACAUCACUGGAUCCAAAAUCGAAGCAAUUUCUAACGGCAAUAAUGUCCAACGGUUCGAUGCCUUACUCACACAAGGAUGCACAUAUACAUUGUAUAGAGUGGCAUUUUGUCUAAACCGGGAGGAACUUCAAUUUCGCAAUAUUGGUCAUGGGCUAGAGUUGGGAUUGAUAACACAUACUAUUGUGGAUCCAUUCACGAAGCCAAUCCAAUUUCCUCCAUUUCCAAAGUAUCUUAUGCCAUUUCAUGAGGUUUACCAACAACCGCAUAAGACAUUCGUAGAUGUUAUUGGCAUAGUUCUUCAUUUGGAACCAUUAAAGCAUAUCGGUGGAAGACCGUAUAGAGAAGCUGUACUAAUGGAUUCUAGGUGGGAUCUAAUCAUCGUGGGGGUAUGGACUGACCUCUUGCAAAGAAAUGCUCUACGAUGGUCGUUAGCUAGAGUUGACAAGAACAUAAUUAUUGGAACUUUGCUGCGUUGUAACCAUAAUCACAGGUGCUUGGAAACCUCGGACCACAGCACUAUUCAUUUCAACCCGGAUCAUCACACUAAAUACCGCUUGAAGACAAUUCGUCGUUCGUUGAUUGACAAUCCAAGGAGUCGUUUCAUCGACAAAUUUCUAGAGAACAGACGAGCACAUUUGGCGACUGUAACAUCGGAUUGAGACAUGUGUUCUAGCUUGUUAUAGUAGAAUACUUUGUUAGUCAUGUAUCAGAUGAAACUUAUUAAUAAUGAUUUGUGUUCUGUUUUUA